AUGCUUUUGGGUGGUGGGAACGUGGAGAAGAUGUGGUCUCUCCAGCUCUUCCUUGCAGUGCUGACCAUCUUGACCAUGACUCUCUACAUCCCAUCCACACAUGGAGAGCAUUUUUUACUCCAAGAGAACCGAGUGCUCCCGGAGAGGGAAGACACAAAUCAUGAGGACGCUCUGCUGACUCUGCUUCUGAAUAAGAAACUUGCCUGGAGGAGACCAGAAAAUAUUGAUUGGGAGCUGGCAAGGAAAUUUGAAGAGCUUGAACAGCUGGAGAAGUUGAAGGAUCAGCUCUCAACUGAGGAAGGGUCAGAGGUAGCUUAUGCCUUGGAAAGCCUCUCAGCAUCCCAGCCCAGAAAACGAGCCUGCUUUUGGAAAUACUGCAUCUGA